AAUAGCCCAUAAUCACCAUCAUAAUCAUCAUCAUAAUCACCAUCAUAAUCAUCAUCAUAAUCACCAUCAUAGUCAUCAUCGUCACCAGCAGCAGCUGCUGCGCGCACCCGGCACGACAAUGCUCCAUCAACACCUUCCUCAUCCGCAUCAUCAUCUCCACCAUCAACACCAUCACCACCACCAUCACCACCACCAUCCCCACCACCCCCACCACCACCAACAGCACCACCAACAACACCUCCAUCAGCAUCAACAGCAUCAUCACCAGCACCAUCAUCACCAGCAGCAGCAGCAGCAGCACCAUCAGCAUCAACUUCAGCUUCCCCUGGCCGCGGUCCCGGGCGGGUUUCAGGUCCUGGGGAGCGCGACUGGGCCCGGGUUCGAACCCGCGAGCUUCGGGGUCCGCGGAGUAGGUGACGAGACGACGAGUGCGGGCUCCACGUGCGCGGGUUCCCCGGACCCCGGUCUGCGCGCCUGCAAGAGGCGUCGAACCCGAACCAACUUCUCCGGCUGGCAGCUGGAGGAGCUGGAGCGCGCGUUCGCGGGCAGCCACUACCCGGACGUGUUCAUGCGCGAGGCGCUGGCGCUUCGCCUCGACCUGCUGGAGUCCCGCGUGCAGGUGUGGUUCCAGAACCGGCGCGCCAAGUGGCGCAAGAAGGAGAACACGCGCAAGGGACCCGGCAGACCGGCGCACAACGCCCACCCACUCACGUGCAGCGGGGAGCCCAUGGACCCCGCCGAGAUCGCCCGCAGGGAGCGGCAGCGGCGCGACAAGAAGAGGAGAAAGCAGCAGCAGCAGGAGCAGCAGCAGCAGGGGCAGCAGCACCAUGGACAGCACCUGCAGCAGGAGGAGGAGCAGCAGGGGCAGCAGCACCAUGGACAGCACCUGCAGCAGCAGGAGCAGCAGGGGUCCACCAGAUCCCCUCGCCACCCAUCCCCACCCGCAGACCCCUCCCCGGGGUGCCGGACCCCUAAGCGCCGAGCCGUGAUCCCCUUCAGCGUGGAGAGCCUCCUGCUGCCCUCGCUGGCUCCGUGCCCGUGCAGGAAGGGGGUGGGGGGCAGGGAAGCGGCCCCGACGACGAGAGGCCUCCUACUCGUGGAGCAGCCGCUGGGCUUCUUGGUGGAGCAGCUGGAGGAGGCGGCGAUGGACGAGGCGGAAGACCGGGAAGAGGAGGAGGGGGAGGAUUUGGUGGAGGUGGAGGAGGAGGACGACGAGGUGGUGCGGCAGAGACCCCCCGCAGUGGCCGCGACCCCAACCCGGAAUCCGACCCCGACGCUGACAUUUGGAGAAGAUGGGGGGCAGGGGGCGGCAGCGGCGGUGGCGGUGGAGAGUGCUCAGUCGAGCGUGGUUGGCGAAUGAACGCUGUCAUUACUACAAAUCGUCACCGCGUGCGUCCGCGAGCACAGUUGGUGACCCACAGGCUAUUGGUGGAAAUUCCACGUUUUUAUGACGAGGGCCAGUAACCUCGUUGGCAGAGCCGUCCCUAGGGUACGACGAAUCGAGGGGGGGGGGGGGGAGGGGGGGGAACCGCCCCGGGCCCCGCGGUUUUGGGGAGGGGGAGCAGCGCUUCGACUUCACCGGUGUCAGAUCUAAUACUUCCGGUUUAGUUUGAAGGCGUCCGGCCUCACCCCCCCCCCCCCCACACGGCCCUGCUCGGAGGACAACCGCUGUCGAGUUUUUGACUAUGAGUGGAGUGAUGGUACUGAAUGUAUCGACCUCCCCCCCGGGAGAGAUGAUGGGCUGAAUAAGUCAACCCUCCGACCAUCCGCAGUUGGACUUCUGUGCUGCAGGUGAAAGCUCCAGCGUUCGUGAUUACGUUCAUUCAUUACCAAAGCCCACCGUCUGCCGUUGAGGCGGACGUUAAAGACUUCCGCUUUGUCAUUGCGAGCCACCGUUGAUUGGCUCUUUGCCCGCGCCAACAUUUUGAAUCUAAAUUGAAAGAAAAAUCGAAAUAAUUCUCAAGAAAAUUAUAUUUAUUGAAAUUGUGUCCUGUACGUAGCCAUUAUUAACACUUACACAGCACAGCUUUAAUAUAAAUAUAUAAUCACAUCGCAGGUGCUGAGUGAAUCAUUACCCCGCAGGGUCAAGUUAAUGCACAUCUCUUUUCCACUGGCACGUCCAAACCGCGCCAGCACGGUUCCCCCACGGUACGGGUUAUUUACCCACUGGCGAUUUGCCGAGCUGAUCCGAAAACCCAAACUGGUGCGACUCUGCUCUGUCCACGAAGACACUGGAAAAUCUCGCUCGGGGCCAAGCAGGGCCAGGGGUGUGACGUGGAGCGGCACGGCUCGGCUUUUGCAGUGGAAACAAAAUAACGAGCUGGCGCCUUGCGGCUUGCAAUGACCCCGGCAUGGCUCCGUUAUGCCAGUGGAAAAAGAGAUAGACUAUAACAUGGGACGAGGGGUGGUAUGGAUGGGGCGAAAUACAUUCCUAAGCCAACGGUGGACAUUCCAUAUUCCUAUGGCGGGGGCGAUGCCGUUUAUCUAUAUACACACUUAUUUGCUUUAAUAUACACGUACGUACUAUAUACAGUAUUACAAUGCCCUUUAUUUAACCAACUGUGAGGCAAUUUAAAACACCCUCACUCGCAUCGUUUAUAUUGAAUUAUUUAUAUAGCAACCGUUUAAAAAAACAUAUUUUUAAGUCAAUCAGAGUUUACGAUUUUUACGCGGCUGGUAGUGACGAUGUGUAUGUAGCUCGAUUAUUUUGUUUCGAGAGAGAGAGAUAUAUAUAGGACCGGAAUCGAUCACGCAACUUUGAGUGAUUUCAUCAGUUAGCCAUAGCCGCUUACGCGAUUUGCCAAAGCGUGUGAUGAUGAUGAUGGUGACGGUAAUGAUGAUGAUGGCCAUGAUGAUGAUGAAGACGAAGUUAUGGAUGUCAGAGAUGCUACAGGUGAGUAGGCGGCAACACAAGAACCGUGCGAACCACGUAAUCUUUUUUUUUUAAAUAGGGAUAUUAUAUAUGCAAUUCUAUACGCGUAUACUUUAUUAUGCAUACGCGGCAGAUUUACGGGAACGGAAUCACCCCGAUGUGUUGCGUGCCGCGUGCGCUAUGAGAGUGGACUCGCAGCGGGCUGUCGCGAGACAUCUUUA